AUGUCUCCUUAUAGGGUUGUUUUUGGAAAGGCAUGUCACCUACCGGUGGAAGUGGAGCAUAAGGCAUAUUGGCCAAUCAAGCAAUGUAACUUGGAUAUGGAUGCAGCGGGUUCUCAUAGGAAGCUUCAAUUGCAAGAGUUGGAGGAGAUUCUUAGGGAGGCAUAUGAGAAUUCCAACAUCUACAAAGAGAGAACCAAAGCAUUCCUUGAUAAGAGGAUAGGUCGGAAAGAGUUUCAUAUUGAUGAUAAAGUUCUUUUAUAUAAUUCUAGACUUAAGUUGAUGCCCGUUGACCUUCAAGACAUGGGAUCCCAAAGGAGCUUCAAAGUUAAUGGGCAUAGACUUAAAGUUUUUCAUGAGGACUUGAAAGAGCAUGCAUAA